AUGUUUUUUACAUCUUAUCUAUCAGCUAAUAUCCUCAACAGUUAUUUUUUUUGUGAUAAUAUAUCAACCAAUAGUCCUGAAGAGGUUUUUGAUGCUUUGAAGAAUCAGACUGUGGAUCUGGUUAUCACAGAAGAGCGCGGCAUAGCUCUCAACAAAGUCACGCCAGAACUCCGCGAGAAACUACACAAGACCAGACUCCACAUUGGACAAUUGGUGAAGGAUACGUCGGAUAAACUUAAACAAGCUAGUGAAAUUGAUCAUCAUGUUGAUGUUAAUUGGUUUCUUGAUACACAGCCUGUAUUCAGUGCUUCUGUUUUAGUUGAGAUGAUGGAACCUGAAGGGUCUUCAACAAUUUCGGUGAUGAGUGGAGAAGGAGAAUCUUUGUCAGCUCAAUUGGCUCAUGAGGUUAUGGCUAUUCAGGCUGACUUACUGAAGAAUGAAAUUUCAGACCCAUCCUUACUGUCUUCAUCCCUUUCACAAAGCUCUAGCUCAGAGCUUGAGAAAGAUAGCAAAGUUUCUGAAAGGGAAUACAUGGCUACUCCUGUUUUUCGUGCCCUUCUUGUGGAAUCUAAAAGACAAGAUGUAAUAUCCUUAGAUAAUGAGAUUUCCUUCAAUGAGGCUAUCAUCGAGGAAAGAGAACAAGGUAUUCAAGAAGUCCAGCAGCAAAUUGGGGAAGUAAAUGAGAUCUUCAAAGAUCUUGCCGUGCUUGUUCAUGAGCAAGGAGAAAUGAUUGAUGAUAUUGGAUCCAACAUUGAGCAUUCCCAUGAAGCCACUGCCCAAGCAAAAUCAGAACUUGUGAAAGCUUCUAAGACACAAUGA